AUGAUCCAGGUGGUGCAGCACGCGGCGCUCUGGGAGCGUCCGUGGCUCGGCUGGGUCUUCGUCUACGCCGUCGUGCUGCUCUUCUUCUUCGUGUACCGCUGCAUCGGCCUCAGGCCGCUCAUCCUCAUGUACGGCACCAAUGCGGACUGCACUGCCGGUGUCGAGGCUGGGGCCUUGGCGUUGGGCUUCCUGGAAGAUCUCGUCUGCGCCACGUACUUCGCCUGCGCGCUGUGGGCGUUCGACAGCGUCAAGCGCCUGGUCGGUGACCGCUUCGGCUGUACAAGUGGCGGCUUCGUGGACGUCUCGGAGAAGCGCAAGCGGUUGGUGCUGCGCAUCUGUGGCGGCUUCUGGACGUUCCUGGUCUCGUGGCUUUUAUUCGUGGCCAUGAUGGCGCCGUUCGUGGCGGAUCUGCUCAUUGUGCGGCUCAGGGACAUGCGCUUCACGUUCGAGCUCGUGGCCAUGGCCAUCCACGAGUCCAGCAACGCCAGCUCGGCGUCCAUCUCGCAGUCGGAGAUCAACGAGGCGUACGUCAACAUCGCCGGGCUCGUGGUGGUGGCCACGCUGUUCGCCAUCGUGCGGACGUGGGCCGACUGGGCCGAUCUGUCGCGCUGGAACCCCGCCUUUGCCUUGGUAGAUCUGCUAGCGUCGCGUGGGGAGGCAACGGAGAACUCGGAGGAGGCGAUACUCGAGGCUGGAGAGCCCACGUCCUACAUGGUCACGACGUCGCCCUGCGGUGAUGCAGCUACGGACAAGUCCGCGGCUUCAGCGUCGGGACUGUCAAAGCUGAUGGUCUUCCGCCUCUGCGCGUUGGUCGUAAUGCUGGUGCUCGGCCUCAUUGUGCUGCCGGUCAUCGUACUCGCCAUCAGCCGCGCGUGCUCCUCUCUCGUGGCCUAUUCGGGACUGAACGCGACGCUGAACGAGCUGUUUAUCCGCGGGUUCGACGUGACGGCGCAAGGCUUCACCCCUUCAGUCGCGGACGGUAGUAUCGAGCGCGCGGGGAUCUACAUCCACUCGGCCACCGAGAAGUACACGCUCGUCAAGGACGACUCGCUCUACCGACGGACGUUGGGCUUCCAGGGAGACCUGGCGUUUGACGUGAACGUAUCGGCCGACAACCCGCCCAACGUCAUCCUCAUCGUGGUAGAAUCCUUCCGCUUCCACGACUCGCACUACCUGGUAGGGGACGAAGACCCGUCCAACCUGUUCAAAGGCACCAACAUCACGGUCACGCCCAACUUCGAUCGAUGGGCGAAGCGAGGCGUGGCCUUCAGCAACAUGUGGUCAAGUUGGCGAACCAGUCGGUCUGUCGAGAGCUUGCUCUUCGCGCAGCUCCCGUACGACAGUGUAGCGGACUCAGGCAUGACUGGAGGCAAGAAAGACGUCGAGCUGGCUGGUCUCCCUCAGCUCUUCAAGGCUAAAGGUUACGAGCCGUUCUUCACGACGGGCUGCAAGACCGACUACGACGACUGGGACAAGUUCCUGCCCUCUCAUGGUUUUGAUACCGUUUGGAGUCGAGACGAGAUGAUGGAGUUAGCUGAGGGAUACCUCAACAUCUCGUCAAGUGACUGGUACGGAGACGCCCACCGAGCGCUCGGUUGGGGCGUUCACGACGAUUUAAGCUUUGAGAUCCUCGGCAACUUGCUGAUCAACAAGACCAAGGAGCAGAGCGACCGCGUGGCCCAGGGCGAAGCCAAGAAGCCGCUGUUCCUCAACCACUACACGAUCUCCAGCCACACCCCGUUCCGAGAGCGACCCAAGUGGUACGCCGAAGCUGUGAAGCCCGACUUCUCGGCUUUAUACGAAGGAGAAGAGUACGCGGAUGUCGUCAAGGCGUACCUCGAGAUGCGGUACUUCACCGACAUGCAGCUCGGGAAGUUUUUGGACCGCAUGUCGGACGAAGGGGUGCUCGACGACACGAUUGUGGUCGUGGUUGGUGACCACGGCCAAGGCCCCGAAGACGGACUUGAUGUGCCCGAAGCAAGGGAGUUAUCCGCCACGCGAGUAGCUGGCACUAUCAUCGCUGAAGGACGACUGGGUGACUAUGCGGGGCUGAAGAUAGAGGACGCAGUGGAGCAGUAUGAUAUCCUGAACACACUGGCGGACAUCACCGGUGUACCGGCGGACGGGUUCCUCCAAGAUGGCAUUGGACGGUCCCUUAAGCGCAACGUCACCUUUGGCGAGCGUAUUGUAUACAGCAACAACCCGAGCAGGAAGAUGUCGGUGGUGCGCGGCCACGAACGACUGCGAUAUGAUCGGUACUCGAGCUCUGUGCUGCUGCACAACGCAAAUACGGAUCACGAUAUGAAGACGGACCAAUUCCCAGCCCUCGGCGCUAAGGACAAGGCCGAAUGGAGGACCUACCGCGACAAUGGACGACGCAUCAACGCGUACUACACCAAGCGCUGGGACAAGAAGUGUCUGCUCGCUGCAGAAUGUUGA